GCCUCUUCGUUUCGCUGCUGGGACUGUCCGCAGGAAAACUGGAGAUCAUUUUCGCUUUUCGCGGCGUGCCCGUCCUCAUCAUAACGCAAGUCUGGAAAACCUGUAUGGAUUUGGGAUUAAAACGUUCUCCGACACUGAAAUGUCUCAGGAUUGGAAAUGCAGCUCAACGCCUGUCUGUUGCUUUUUAUUAUCACAACAGAUAAAACAUUGGCCUUGUCGCACCAAUGCUGUGGUGGAAAUGUCAGCCUGGAUCAAGAGCCCGAUGGUCACAUCAGUCUCACUUUACCUGGACUUUUUACUGACACCAACAGACCUGACUCCAUGAACCACGAGUCUGAGGAGACCCCUUCACUUUGUACUUGGAUGAUAGAUAUUCCUGUGGGGAGGACGGUACUUUUGAAGGCGGUGCGGUUGGAAAGUGGUUCAAACAUAUCAGUGCGCUGUGUUUGGAAUGAGGAAGAUCAUGUCCUGGAGAACGAGGGGACAGCUCUGCUCUCCGGUUGUGACGGAAACAAAGCCACCCUCGCUUGGUCAGGAGCAGGACACUCCUCAAAUGCAAUUCAGCUGUCCUAUUAUGUCCAGGAAGAUGAGAGGAAUUCCUCGGAGGACCACACCAGCCCACAUACAGACCGAGGCCUCGUACCUCGGUCUCAGACAGGAACCAGCUUUACAAGCGCAACUCCUGUUAGUCAAGAGGUGGUGAGAGGAACAGAAGGGGUCAGAGGCCGCCUCCACGAAGGUCUGGAGUGGAGUCCUGGGCUUCAGUCUGUGUCUGGUACCUCCUCUCAGGACCAGGGGCCGCUGCACCCCACCUCACCCCUGCACGGACUCACUGUGGCUGGGAGGUCCGAUAGGGAAACUCUCCCUCUUCCUGAGGAAGGACCAAACAAUGGAGCGGAUACAUCUGGAGCUGAUCACCUCACUGAUGGUCCCAUAUCUGCCAGAGAGAGAACACACCCCUGUUUUCAACAUACACUCCAUACAGACACUUUAAACGCCGUAAACACAGAAACAAACCCUGGCAGCGAGCUCCCUCAAACCCAGAUGGCACUGACAGAUGCAACAGCCAGUAGCACCGACACCUUUCUUGGCACAGACACAUACAAGCAUGCAAUCAGUCACACAUCUAAACACACAGACAAACAUAUAACCACACAAGCUCAUUCCACUGUGUCCAGCUCCAGCAUCCCGCCUCUCACCUCUUCUCCCCCUGAGCUACACGCCCUGACAACCUGGGAGAGUAGUACCGUCCUAAUCCCAGGUGGUGGAGCUGUUAGCGGGACACUUGGAGAGAACCAACGCCAUUCCUGGAGGAGCCAGAGAAGCACAGACAGACUUAACUCUGAUCUGACCUCUGCCGUCACAUCUGACCCUUUAACAUCGCCCAGCGAACCUCCGCAGGAUGACUCCAGCAGUGAACCCGCCGAAUCAUCUACAUCCUCACAGGCUCCCGCCGAGACUCACCAGUCACCCAACACCCACAUCACAGAGCUUGACGCCGCUGUUAGUACCGCGGUGGCAGACGCGUCGUUUCAUCCAAACACGAGUCGAACCGACUCCUUUGAAUCUGCUGCAUCAGAUGUUUCCAGUCAAACUGCUGCGUUUGGUACAUUUGACGACACGGUAGAGCUUCACACUCCCGCUCCUUCCGCUCGGAGUCAAACGAAGUCUCCACAAAGCACAGAGAGCCUCACAAACUCUCCUCACACACCCUCUACAUUCACACACACACGAACAGAAAGUACACAAAGGAAUUUCAUUAAUGCACACAUGACUACAAACAGCAUUCCCUCGUCGUCGUCUGUCAUUACCAAAGUUGAAGACAGCACUUCGAGUUUCACAGGUUCAUCUUCUACACUGGCAGAUGUUGUCCAAAGCUCAGCUGCCACAGGAACUGCUGCUGAAACGUAUACACUGCGUCCCACCUACACACCCCUGCGUGAAAACUCACCCACAAAUUCACCGACUCCCGUUCCUCCUUUGUCAUUCAGUACAUCUCCACACCGACCUACCGCGGUUUCCGGUAGUUCACACACCACUCACACGCCCACAUCUCUAACCUCCUCUGUCACUGAAUCCACCGUGCACACAGUCUUAGCCAACAACGAGCCUGUGCCUACAUCCUCACAAGCAUCAACAAUCAACCCUACAUCUUCACACACGCCUUUGCUGUCUUCUACUGACGUCCCUGCUACGCAUAAACAGUCCCACAACCACAUUACUACAACACGUACUCCUCUGCUCUCACUCACAACUGCAAAAUUAGAAUAUGGAUAUGGAGGCAGAGAAGUAGAAAUGGAGAAAGAGGAUGAGUCCAGCAGCGCCACCACACGCACUCCCACAGCUGACCCACCAGGGCGACCUUCACCCUGGACAACCCCACAUCCCAGCCAGGACGGCCAUGUAGCGCUCACACCUUCUGCUUUAACCUCCGCACCCACUUGGAGCUCCACAACGAGUCAGACACCCAAGUUUUACAUUGUGCCAGACCUGCCUGCAGCUGUUAGAGUGGAGUCAGUUGAGCUGCUGCUGCAGAUAAUUGUAGAAGAGUCCAAAUCGGAUUUUACCGCCGGCUUGGAGGAAGACACUGUUGCUUGGGUGGAGCCAUACCUACAGAAAGCCCCGGGGUUCAGCAGGCUGCUUGGGGUCUGGAGCAGUGGCCAUGCAGUGCAGAGUGUGGUGGAGUUUAAAACCAGAGGGGCUCUGCAGUGGCUCAGCGUGACGGGACCCACAUCACUGUUGGAGCGAACAGGGCUUGCUCAGGCAGUUCGUGAGGGGAGGGCGUUCAGAUCGUCUAAGGUCACCAACAUCACAUUAGGAGGUCUGCAGGGUGAUGUGUGUGACUGGUUGCUACAGUGCCCAGCAGGCUACAAAUGUCUGUCCCAGCCGGGUGCAGCAAACUAUAGCUGUUCCUCUGUCUGUCACUUUGACUACUGCCACCACCACGGCAUCUGCACACACCAUCCGGGACAACUUCCAGUUUGCCGCUGCCUUGUAGGAGAGGACUUCUGGUACAUGGGUCAGAGGUGUGAUGUGAGGAUGACCCGAGCGCGGCUAGUAGGCGCAUGUCUUGCCAUCCUACUCGUCAUGGUGACAGUCAUCGGUGUUUUGGCCUUUGUGGCAGUGCGGCGCUAUCGAGCCGUCCUAAUCCAGGCCAAAGUAGAUCAGACUCGCAGCAGCUAUCGCAGGUUCAACCAUUUUGAUGAGCUCUCAGGUCGGUUCUGGUUGCGUUCGUGGGCGGGAUCAGCAGACUCACUGGACAAUCCGGCCUUCACACGCUCCGAUGAAUUACUGCACCUGCGGGCUCUCGACCGCCCCUGCUGUUACCACGACGACACGCUGUCACUGGCUUCCACCUGCCCCAGCCACGGAACACGCAUCAAUACGAUAUACCCACACAGCUCUCAAUAUGGUUGGAGGGGAAGUGAAAUGAGUAUGGGGGAUGGCGUGUUGGACUCAGGUAAGGCCAGUGACCUUUCCGUCUGUAGCUGGCCUGUGGAACCCAUUCAGUGGACUCCAUUCCCACUUCUGCAGCAACUGGCUUCCCACAGGACACCCACAGUGAGGGUUUCAAGGCCCCGGUCCUACUGUGAAGGCAUGGAGCUGGUAGACCUUGGGAAGAGCUGGACUGCUUGACACAUCAAGAAUUAAAUCUGCUCCGACACUGGUAUUUGCAGCUCAUUGCAAUC